GCCAAUAGUCGUCAGGCGACACCCGCGACACGCUUUCGGAAGUUUAACCUGUACGGAAGGCUUAAUGAAUCGCGAUCGAUUAUAAUGCGAAAUACGUUCGCAACUAAAUUGCUCGCAUACAGAAUUCACUUAAUUUCACCGAUCUUUACGCCGUAUCGUAGUAAACACUCUCAAUCGAGACUCGUGUUAAAGAUGAACGAGGCGUUUCUCCGCUAUGAGAAUGGCAACGACACGUUUAAUAUCUCGUUUCGCUAUGUGGACGAGGCGACGAAAGUUGACCGUCAGUUCAACUUUUCCAGACAAGCUGCUGAAAGUGUGAACAAUUUCCUCAAAAGGGUCGAUGCGAACGUUUGCAAGUUUGUAAACAAAAAAGUAGAUAGAAAAAGAAAGAAGAAUCCUGCUGUGGAGAUACCUGAUUUAAUAACGAGUGACAAUGUGAAUACUGGAAAAAUCAUGCUUCUCAAGAAUGAUAUCAAAGUGGAUGGCGACACAGUGUGUGAAAGCCUCCUGCAGGACUCUGCAGAAUUAAAAUUGAUCAUUUUCGAGAAAAUCUUUUUAGUGAAACGAAAUGCACCUUAUGUUUUAAAAAUCUCAUUACCAACGAGCAUAUUGGCUGGUUUUCCAACUUAUCCAUCCAAGUUUGAGUCACUGUAUACUGACAAGAAGCAAUCAAUAUUUGAUUGGUACAAAAAUGAUGCCAUUAACAAAAAGCCAAACUCAUGGAUGCAAAUAGGCAAUGAAUAUCUAUAUGUACCUAGUGUGACCGAUAUUGGUUGUCAUUUGAAAAUUAGCUGUGAACCACGGAACGAAUCAGAUUUUGGUCCUAGAGUAGAAGUAGAGUCAAAGAAUGUUGUAGAGGCUGGUCCUGGACAAUGUCCAUUUGACACUCGACAUCAGUUCACAAAACAGAAAUUAUCAGACAAGAGUUUCAGGAUAAUAUGUUAUAACAUACUGGCAGAUACAUAUGCAGAUUCUGAUUUUUCUAAAGAUGUACUGUUCCCAUAUUGUCCACAAUAUGCAUUAGAUAUGGACUAUAGAAAGCAAUUGAUACUCAAAGAAAUAAUAGGUUUUAAUGGUGAUAUAAUGUGCUUACAAGAGGUAGAUAAAAGUAUAUACGAAUAUGACUUGUUGCCUUCUCUGUAUAUGCUAAAUUACGACGGCGUGUUUAUUACGAAGAACGAAAUUAGCGAAGGACUCGCUACAUUUUUCAAUCAGGAUCGAUUUGAGAAAUUAGGAUUUCAGUGCAGCGUAAUGGCACAAAAUGUUGAUUUUCCCAAGUUUGCUGCCAUCUGGUCCAAAAUCGAUAAUGAUAAAAUGAAGGAGAGAUUUUUGAGUAGAAAUACAACCAUUCAGGUGACGACAUUACGAUCAAAAGAGAACCGAUCAGAAAUCUUGCUCAUUGGCAACACGCAUUUAUAUUUUAAACCUGAUGCAGAUCAUAUACGAUUAUUGCAAGGAUAUUAUGCAGUGACAUAUAUACACGAUGUCGCGAAAAGGAUUCAGGAAGAGAAUUCAGAAUGUAAUGUAAGUGUGAUACUUUGUGGAGAUUUUAACAGUGUACCAGAAUGCGGCAUUUAUCAAUUGAUGACUGAGAAUUAUGUUCCAGAAACCUGCGAGGACUGGAAAAGUAAUACCGAGGAAGCGAUAAAAAACAUAUCAUUAACGCAAGAUCUUUGCAUGUCCAGCGCUUGCGGCACGCCGGAAUAUACAAAUUACACGCCGGAGUUCUCCGCUUGUCUGGACUACAUAUUUUACGAAAGAGAUAAAUUUGAAGUAGAACAAGUGGUUCCGAUGCCCAGUAAGGAGGAACUUACCCUUCAUACAGGUUUACCGUCCGUGGUAUUUCCUAGCGAUCAUAUAUCUUUAUGCGCUGAUUUAAAAUUCAAAGGAUAAUAAAUAGUGAAAAUUAUGAAAUGGCGUACUCUAAUAUCUUGUAUAUUAUUAAACAUAUAUAAAUCUAUAAACAUUCACACAUGUGGGACUGUAUAAAAAUGCUUGUUGUCAUCAACAUUAACGCAAAAUCUCUAUUGCCGUCAUUGAAACUUAUUAUUUUUUAGCGCUGUUUCAAGAUUAAAUAAUUUUUACAAAAUGUUUAAAUUAUUUAUCUAUUCUUUCAUUAUUUAAAAAUGAAUACACAUGUUUUUUUCAUAUUGUUAGAUUAAUUAAUAUAUAGUUCAUAAAAUAUUAAUUAAAGUUUUAUAGAAAAUAAGUUUUGUUACAAUAUUUAGAUUACGCUUCUUUUAUCAUUGUGUUAGUAUAUCCAUAUCAUUGUAAUAUUAUGAUAAAAGAAUUCGUAUUUCAUACAACACCAAUUAUUGCAGAGAGUUUUCAGAAAGGUUUCAACCUUUCACAUUUCAUAUGUAACACUUCUGAAAUGAUUUUGCAAAAUAUAGUAUGAAACAUUGCAACAAAUGUUUCUAAAAUUUUGUGAUGUGAAAUGUUGCAAUAAAAAUAUUUCUAAAAUCUAUCAUAUGCAGAACGUUAUUAAAUUGGGUUUUUUAAAAUUGUACAAAUUUUUUGUUUGGGCAUGUUAACAUAUCCAAGAAAAUUUACCUUGUUGCUCUUGCCGAUUGGACAACCGAAAAUGUUCCAAGUCCGGUGGCAUAUUUUCACUGAUUACAUGAGCAAAAAUUUCAUAAGCCACUCACUAAGUUUAUAUAGAAGUAUAAGAAUGUUUUUAUCAUAACUUGUAAUUUUCUGAAUAUAAUUUAAAAUAAUUUUAAACUAAACUUUAGAAAUAAUCUUUAAUUUAUUAUAUUAAGAGGAUUACGAUCAGCAAUAUUUCAGAUUCUUUCAGCAAUAUUUCUGCAAGAUUUCAGACGUAUGUACAACAAUCGCAAACAAUUUGCUAUCCCAGAGACAUCUCUGAAACGUUACAGAUAUAUUUCGAAACUUUUCUGAAAUGUUUCAUUUUUUUCUGUUGAAAUACUUCUGAGACAUCUCUGAAAAACUUCGUUGCUAUAUGAGAUAAUUUCGACAAAUGAAGAAAAUAGUAAAUCUUACCUGCAACAGAUACAUGCUGCAUAACUUUAUAACAUUAUGUUCAAUUAAUAUUGAUCGGCAGAUUGUAAGAACUUUUAGGAUAAGAAAAAAAUCAUAAAAGACACUAUUCAUUAAAAGAAAUAUAUGUUAAAAGUGCAACAAA